CACAGAAAAGUAUCAGUACGUCCUUGCAAUGUUAUUUGCCAUUGAAGAGAUAAACUCAAACCCACUCCUGAUGCCGAAUGUUACAUUAGGAUAUGAGGUCUACGACUCCUGUUAUUCGGACGCUGCGGCUGUAGACAGUGUCAUAUCCUACCUGUCCGGGAAACAGUCCAGGGUGCCCAAUUACGGCUGCCGAUCAACACAUCCGAAGCUGUCCGUUGUGGUCGGUGACUCUCCGUCAUCUGGAUCAGUUGCUGUGGCUCGGAUACUUGGACUCACUCUGUUCCCUCAGAUCAGUUAUGCCUCCGCUCUCCCCACUCUGGCUGACAAGACCCAGUUCCCUUCUUUUGUACGGACAGUGGGCACCGUAGACUCUCAACCCAUCGCUGUGGUCCAGAUGAUCAAGCACUUCAACUGGUCGUGGGUUGGCAUAGUGUCUUCCAAUAACGACUACGGGGACCAAGGCAGCCAGAAGCUAAAGCUUGAGAUGGCUAAGAACGGCCUAUGUGUUGCCUUUGCCAAAACCCUCUCGGUGCCGCCCAGCAAAGACAGCCUGGAUGGCAUUAUCAACGCUAUGCACAAAACCAAGACCAACGUAAUUGUGCUGUAUGCCUAUGCAACCGAGCUUAUAGCUCUCCUGCAGGAGGUUACCGAUAACCAGAUAGUUGGGAAAAUUUGGAUUGCGGUGGGAAGUUGGCUGCCUUCCGCUGUUUUUACCCAAAAAACACUAUGGAGCACAUUGAAUGGGACCAUCGGUCUUGCCAAAUACAGUUCAAAUAUCCCUGGUUUCCGAGAUUUCCUGUACAGUAUAUAUCCCUCCAAGUAUCCCAAUGAUAUAUUUAUGAAGGAAUUUUGGGAGCAUGUCUUUCCAUGCAAGUGGCCGAAAAGUGUUGUUGGCAACGCGUCGCUCUAUGGAAUCAAUGCUACGUUUUGCACAGGCAAAGAAGAAUUAAUCAGAUUGGGCAGCUCUGUGUAUGACACAAGCAACUUUCGGCUAGCCGUGUCCGUGUAUAACUCCGUGUACGCAGUAGCACACGCCAUACACAACAUGAUGUCUUGUCAACCUGGGAAAGGACCAUUUUUUAAUGGAUCGUGUACAGACAUUGAGAAUUAUCAGCCAUGGCAGCUUUUCCGUUAUGUAAAAAGAGUGAAGUUCCUGAAUUCCGGAGGCGAGAUUGUGGCGUUUGAUGAGAAGGGAGAGCUGAAAGGACUCUAUGAUGUUUUAAACUGGCAAGUUUCUGAGGAUCUGAGAGGAGAGCUUGUGAAAGUUGGGACCUUUGAUGACUGGGGCCCGAACGGAGAAAAGCUGGUCUUAAGUGAUAAAGUAAUAUCAUGGGGAGCAAAGUAUACACAGGUCCCCACUUCUGUGUGCUGCGAGAGUUGCCCCCCUGGAUUCAGGAAAGCCCCCCGAGAAGGUGAGCCCUUCUGCUGCUACGAUUGUAUCCCAUGCUCGGACGGAGAGAUCUCCAACCAGACUGAUACCACCGACUGCAUGAGGUGCCCCGAGGAACAAUGGUCCAAUGAGAACCGUGUCAGAUGCAUCCCAAAAGUGAUUGAGUUCCUCUCGUACGAGGAGCCGCUGGGCAUUGCUCUGUCCAGCAUCAGUGGGGUUUGCUCUCUAGUGACUCUCUCAGUUCUCUGCAUCUUCAUAAGGUUCAGGGACACGCCGCUGGUCAAAGCCAACAACCGACACCUGAGCUAUCUGCUGCUGGUGGCUCUCCUCUUCUGCUUCCUCUGCUCAUUCCUAUUCAUUGGCCGGCCUUCCACCAUAACCUGCCUUGUCCGGCAAGCGAUAUUUGGGACCAUAUUUUCACUCUGUGUGUCAUGUAUCUUUGCCAAAACUAUUACAGUCGUCAUCGCGUUUAAUGCCACGAAGCCCAAUAGCUCCCUCAGGAAAUGGGUGGGUUCCUCCAUUCCAAAUUCCAUGAUACUCACUGGCUCAGGCAUACAAAGUGUAAUCUGCAUCUCAUGGGUGAUAAUGUACCCAUCAUUUCCGGAAGUCAACAUGAAGGACUCCAAAGGAGUAAUCACAGUUGAAUGCAAGGAAGGAUCGAUCAUAUUCUUCUACAUUAUGUUGGGGUUCUUGGGGUCUUUAGCCAUUUUGACACUUAUAAUAGCAUUUCUGGCCAGAAACCUUCCCGACGGCUUCAACGAGACCAAGUUCAUCACGUUCAGCAUGUUGGUCUUCACCAGUGUCUGGAUUUCUUUUAUCCCAGCCUAUGUCAGCACCAAGGGAAAGUAUAUGGUAGCCGUGGAAAUCUUUGCCAUUCUCUCAUCAAGCCUCGGCCUGAUUUGCUGCAUCUUCGCCCCGAAAUGUCAUAUCAUCAUUCUCAGGCCGCACAUGAACACGAGGGACUAUUUAAUUUCAAAGAACCAAUCUUUAAAAAGAAAUGAAAUUCAUUAA